AUGUCCACAAUGGAGAAUUACCAGAAGAUGGAGAAGAUCGGGGAGGGCACAUACGGCGUGGUGUACAAGGCUCGAGAUCUCACCACCCCCGACCAACGCAUCGUAGCUCUCAAGAAGAUUCGCCUAGAAGCUGAAGACGAGGGGGUACCAUCAACCGCGAUACGUGAAAUCAGUCUGCUGAAAGAGAUGAGCGAUCCCAACAUCGUCAAGCUAUUCAAUAUCGUGCACGCGGACGGUCACAAGCUAUACCUCGUAUUCGAGUACCUGGAUCUGGAUCUGAAGAAGUACAUGGAAGCCCUCCCCGUCUCACAAGGAGGACGAGGCAAGCCCUUGCCCGAAGGUGUCAUGGACGGCAGAUUAGGCCACAUGGGUCUUGGACCAGAGAUGGUCAAGAAAUUCACCUACCAACUCGUGCAAGGAACCCGCUACUGCCACGCCCACCGCAUCCUCCACCGUGACCUCAAACCUCAGAACCUCCUGAUCGACAAAGAAGGGAACCUCAAACUCGCCGACUUCGGCCUCGCCCGUGCCUUCGGUGUCCCUCUCCGAACUUACACCCACGAGGUCGUCACCCUCUGGUACCGCGCCCCUGAGAUCCUUCUCGGUGGACGCCAAUAUAGCACAGGAGUGGAUAUGUGGAGCGUCGGCUGCAUCUUCGCCGAAAUGGCGACACGGAAACCGCUCUUUCCCGGCGACAGCGAGAUCGACGAGAUUUUCAAGAUUUUCCGUGUAUUGGGAACACCGACAGAGUUGGACUGGCCCGGUGUGACGAGCUUUCCGGACUUCAAGGCGAGUUUUCCCAAGUGGGAGAGGAAGCAGGAUGAGAAUUUGGUGAGUGCGGAGGGGAGUAAGGUGUUGGGGGAGGAGGGACUGGAUUUGUUGGAGAGUUUGUUGGUCUAUGAUCCGGCAGGGAGGAUAUCGGCGAAGCAGGCUGUGGGACAUGAGUAUUUCAUUGGAAUGGUGCCGAGGACUAAUGGGUAUUGA